AUGAAAUUGACUAAGCACUUGAGGCCAUUGUACGUGAAGGCCUUGGUCAACGGUAUACCUGUAGCGAAAGUACUCAUUGAUAACGGAACAGCUAUAAACACCAUCCCGUCCAGAAUGAUGAGGAAGUUUGUAAAGACAGAAAAUUAUAUGAUUUCAAUAGAAGUCAUCCUCACAAGUUUCAAUGGAGGAUCAACUUCGACUAAAGGGGUUAUGCCAUUGAACAUAACUGUAGGGACAACUAUUAGGACUACAGUCUUCUUUGUAAUAGAUGGUCCUACUAGUUAUAAUGUGUUGCUAUGA